UGUGCACAAUUUUGGGGGUCCAUUAGCAUUAUUGAAAGUAUGUUGAUGGAUUGAUGACGACAAGUCUCAGCAUAUAGAAAUUGAACCCACCUUAAUUUUUAUUUUAAAGAACAAAAGACGAUUUAGUUUAAAUCUUGUUUUAUGUUCGCUUUUCAAAUCUACGUUGCUUUGGUAUCUCUGGUUUUAGCAUAAAAAUAAAAAAUUAAAGAAGUUGGUCCCUUUGAACUUUGAAAGGCCUAUAUCUUACUCUAAAUAUACAGACGUAGUUUAUGUUCUUGUUGUUAGUUUUUAAUUAAUUGUUUAACAUAAGUGUAGAAUCAUUUUGUAACAUGACAAAUUUGACGUUUGUAUGUCACUUCAAUGCAAAGUUAUACUUAGAGCUAAUGUGGAGAAAAUUAUUUAAAAUGAAUGUAUCAACUUUCACAAUAGCAUAGCAACAACUUCGACCGAACAGUUGGUUCCUCGAUGGCUGAGAAACAAGAUUAAUAGGUAUCAAUUCUUGCAAACCGAAUGGAACUUCAUUUCCUUUGAUUUGGGAAGGCAAUGCUGCUAACUAUUCAUCAAAUUCCAGCUCCUUUGAGACAAAAUACUGUUAUAGAUCUGUCAUGGAUGCUCAAACGAUUAGAGAAAAGAUCGUUCUAUGUGAAACCAUAAUUGAUGGUUCUUCAAUUAUGGAAAUAGGAGGGGAAGGGAUUACCAUGAAGCCUAUUGCAUUUGCCAUGUCCUUGUCAUUUACAGCAGUUGUUUCUCAAGAAGCUGCCAAUGUCUUCAUAAUGGACCCAAAAGCCACUAUUCAAUUUGGUCAAACUUGGAAGGGUCACUCAGCUCCUUUUGUUGCUGAGUUCUACUCUAGAGGCGAACAUAUCAAUUCAGACAUGUUCAAGUUCACAAUCAGACAGCCUAAUCUCAUUGUGCCCAGUGGCAGAUACUCACCGGUUGGUUUGUCGUCAGUCUAUUAUGUAGAAGAUGGACAUGGAGUUGAUGACUUUUGUUACCAGAAAAUUUACUUCACCAAUUUCAACUUGCCUUGUUGAAGUUUAUACACCUGAAGCUAUUAAGGGUCAAAGUUGAGCUGACAGUUCUUUCAUCUCCAACAAUGCUGGGAAGAGAAAUCCUUCACGGUAAGGAUUAUAAGUCCAAAAAAAACAAAAUCCUCCCCUGCUGGUCCAAUAAGCUCAACCACAAAUUCACUAUGACUAAGUAUGAUUAUGUCAUUGAGGUUCAUAACUUCUUUGUUUGACAUUUGACGAUUCCAUUGACCCGGUUAAGUUAGGAUAUGAUUUUGAUACUACUUGAAAGGAAUAACAUAACUCCUACAUAUCUUAUAAUGAUCUUUCAUUUAACUAUUUAAUGUGAUACUUUGAUCGCAUUUUCAACAAAUAU